UUCUAAUAACCCUUGUAGAUCUUUCCCCAUCCGUGAUCCUGUCCGACGAGCAGAGCCUUAAUGUCUAGGUUACCUGCGACAUGGGAAGCUCGGAGUACUGCUUCAGGAGUUGGCGGAUGGAAUGAUGUUGCGUCCGCUGCGGAAGCUCCGACCCAAGCUCAGGCUUUUCACACACCUUCACAGCUGCCAAUUAUCCCAAAGAGGAAGAAGAAGAAGAACUUCGAUCCAAGUUGGCUCAAAGCUCCGCCCCACUUGAUGCCAGGAUAUGAGGAAAAAUUGGAAUGCCGUGGUUGUGCUAGGAUGCUUUCCAAAGGAAGCUUCUCAAAAGUGCAGCUGAGAGAAGAUGAUCGCCGCCGAUGCAGGGAAUGCAUCGAUGAAUACGAAGGCUCGUGGGCCGAUGUUCAGCGUCCCUCCAAAACGGCAGAGAUCUCCAACGGCCCGACGCCUGUCAAAGCCGCAACGAAGCCGAUAUAUAGUGACAUAGCACGUAGCCAGGCGAGCAGGCCCCAGGAAGCGACGGGAAACGGUCGACGUCUUGUCCAAACAGCUCAUCUCUCUCACGGCGCGACACCUGUCAAAGCCGCCCCAAAGCCAAGAUUUGGUGAGGGACCACGUAGACAGGAAACCAGACCACUGCAGAAGACGACGGCAAAUGGUCAACGUUCUCGCGAAACAGUUCAUCUUUCCCACGGCGCGACGCCUGUCAAAGCUGCUGUGAAGCCAAAAUUUAAUGAGGGAACAGGAAGACAGGACACCAGACCCCAGAAAACCACGGAAAGUGUUCAACGUCCUCUCGAAGCAACUCAUCUCUCCCACGGCACGACGCCUGUCAAAGCUGCAGAAACUUUCGAGCGACAGCGGAGACCGCAAAAUAGACUAGAUAAACCCAGUCAGACCGCUGUCGUAAAGGGCUAUGAGGGGACGGCCAACCAGCCUGGAAUAACCCGGGAUCUGGACUUGGAUGCUGUAUAUUAUUCCCGGAAGCGACAACUUAGUGAGAUUGCUCUUCUUAAAGACAUAUUCUUAGAAGGGGAGUUUGGAUGGAUGGCAUGUGAUGAUAUAUCAAAGGAUAUCAUGACUGUAUAUGACGGUGCUCAUGAUGAUCCAACUGUUCUCAGUCUGAUACCCAGCGACCAUGAGUUUCGUUUCGCAAUUCAGCUGACUGGACCUACCGCAAAGUCUUUAGAGCCAUGUCAGAUUCGCUUUACAUUGCCGCCCAAUUACCCAUAUUGCCGUCCAGUCUGCAGGUUUACUUGCAGCACCGAUUUUCCACAUGUCGCCAACACAGUCGCUUCUGCCCUGAAGACAUACAUGCUAUCCCUAAAAAUCGAAGACGGGCGAGUAGCCCCGUGUUUACUUGAUAUACACCAGUUUGUGUUUUCUCAAGUAGAUACCUUUUCCGGAGCAUUGCUAUGAAGCCAGAAAAACAAAGUGGUAUACCCCAGCGGUUGAUAGACUGAAACAAUUUGACAUGUACUGUGAAGCUCCCAACCAGGCACCAUUGAAACCUAUUGCGAAAGGUGCAGAGUGAACCUGUUGCUGAUUGCACAUGCUGAAAUUAUUAGCUCAAUUGUGUUAUGCGCUGUUACGGUAGAUCAGAUGGCUUGGAUAGCUCUCGUUAUAUAAAUAUGUGUGUAUGUGUGUAAAUGCAAUAUCGAUGCACCUACUGGCUAUUUGAUUGGGUUGGCACGUCAGUUGCCACUUUUGCCC